AUGGAGGCAAAGAUGGAUAUGAAACAGAACCAGAAGCAGAAGCAGAAGCAGAAGCAGAAGCAGAAGCAAAAUCAAGGACGGCAGAAGGUCCCAAUAAAAAGAAUAGAGAAGGACACAGCCCGGCAGGCCACCUUCUCUAAGCGCCGGAAAGGGUUCUUCAAGAAAGCCAAUGAACUCGCCGUGCUGUGCGGUGUUCAAGUGACUGCACUCGCCUUCUCUCCUGCUGAGCAGCAGCAGCAACAACAAGAGCAGCAGCAGCCCUGGGACAUGGUGGGCAUGAAUAUGGAUGAUCAUCUGGGACAGGUGGAGAUGAUUAAUUAUGAUGAUGAGUUUUGGAAUAAUUGGUUAAACGAACUCAUGACUGAUGAAACUCUCAACCUUCCUCCUCUUCCUGAUCUUCUUCUCGAUCCUCCAACUGGCUCUUCGUCUCACCAUCUUUGA